GAUACUACUAAUCUUUCAAACUAGUGGCUCUCAAAAAAAAUCUUUCAAAGUAGUCGCAUAAAAUAUGAAUAAAUAAAAGCAAGAAAAGCACGUGUUUCCCCAAUAUUUCUCCUCUCUCUCUCUCACUUCUCUCAAAGAAUUGCGAAAAUGGCGACCCUAACUCUCCCGUUCCUCCUCCUUCUCUCCUUCCUGGUCACCACCGCCUUGGCCCGCCCCUGUAAAACCCUCUUCUAUUUCUCUGCCACCACCACAACCACCUAUUACCCCUCCAAUUCCCUCAAUCGAAACCCUAACGAUCCCAACUACGCCCAAAUCGCAAAUCCCCGCUACAUCACCCUCAUUUUCACCACCACCGCCGCUCCCCGAUUUCCGAGCCGCCAUUUCGACCGGUUCCAUGAAAUCGCCCAAUCAUCGCCGUCCGAAUUCCCCCUGUCCUCCGUCUCCAGCUCCGUCCGCGAUCGCACCAUGGACAUCCUCAGCGUCGUCGGAGCACUGCUCUUCGGAGUCGGCUGCGGGGCCGUCACCGCCGCUGUUAUGUACUCCCUGUGGGCCCUAUUCAAUCCCCGCCCCGUUGACUUUGACGAGGUCUCCGACGACGAUGAAGUCAUCCUUGCCAAGAAGUACCAGUACGUUCCGAUCCCGACACAGAUCCAUGAUGACCUCAAGAAGGCGGCGCCGCCCGCCAAGGAGGUCGUUUGAUGGUCGAAUUGAUAUCUUUUCUUUUCUCAUAUGUCAGGGGAAAUUUGAUAUAUUUUCUCAUAAAAGGCUCUGUAUCUUUAUAUAAUUGAUGAAUUGAUUUUCAUGAUUA